AUGGUCUUCUUCCUCUUCCAUUACUCACGUAACCCUCGGGGGCAGGAACCGUACCGGACCGUCGGGGUGCUCUCGAAAGAGGAUGAUGACGAGGAGAAUCGAUUGCGAAGACCGCAAAACCCGCUGCCCAAAGGACGGGAUGGAAAGUUCCAUUGGAGCACCGUGAAGUUACGGCAUCCGAUCCCGACGAAAUCCAUGAGGAAGGUGCCGGCGCCGAAGCUAGGGAAGAUCCCUAAGAUUCAGACGUCGUUCGAUACAGAGCCGGAGUCGUUGAAGAAAGUGCGCUUGCAGAGAUUGGAAUAUGUGAAGAACAAUUUUACCCAUGCGUGGGAGGGAUAUCGGUCCAAAGCCUGGUUGAGCGACGAGGUGCGGCCGAUGUCUGGGGGACGAUACAAUCCUUUUGGAGGUUGGGCUGCGACGUUGGUCGACUCAUUGGCAGAUACAUUAUGGAUCAUGGGCCUCAAGGACGAGUUCGACGAUGCGGUCAAAGCCAUUGCGAAUAUCGACUUUACGACAAGUAAUUUGGACGAGAUUAAUGUUUUCGAAACCACGAUCCGAUACCUGGGGGGAUUCUUGGCCGCAUCCGAUUUGACCGACGGACAAUAUCCGAUUUUGUUGGAAAAGGCGCGAGAGUUGGGAGAUAUGCUUUAUGUUGCAUUUGAUACACCAAACCACAUGCCCGUCACACGAUGGAGGUUCGCGGAUGCCGUCAAGCGGACAAAUGAGCAGGUCGCGUCGACAAAUAUGCUCGUCGCCGAGAUCGGCUCCUUGACUUUGGAGUUCACGCGGUUGAGCCAGAUCACCGGAGAUCAUAAAUACUACGACGCAGUCCAGAGAGUGAUGGAUCACUUCGAAUAUCAGCAAGGCAAGACGAAACUCCCAGGAAUGUGGCCGGUGGCCGUCAAUGCGAUGACCGCAGACUUCACACAAUUUGGGGGCUUCACGAUCGGUGGUAUGGCGGAUUCAGUGUACGAAUACUUGCCGAAGGAAUUUGCUCUCCUUGGCGGUGGAAUGGGCCAAUACGAGAACAUGUACAAGAAGUCCCUUGCAACAAUGAAGAAGCAUAUCUUCUUCGCCCCCAACGUCGAGGACGAUGUCGACAUCCUCUUCCCCGGCGACGUCGACUCGGACGGCGAAACCCCCCUCUCCGAGCUCGAAACCGAACCCAAAGCCCAGCACCUCGGCUGCUUCGCCGGCGGCAUGGUCGCUAUCGGCUCCAAGAUCUUCUCCCAGUCAAAAGACAUGGCCAUCGCGAAGAAGCUCGUCGAAGGCUGCCUCUGGGGCUACGAGCGCGGCCCGUCCGGCAUCAUGCCGGAGAUCAUGCACCUCCAGAAAUGCCCAGCGAAGGGCGAAUGCAAGUUCGACGAGCAGAAGUGGGAGAAGGGCGUCGCCGCCAUGAACCCGGGCAUGAACGAGGAGUCCCUGAGCGCGAAGAUCGCCCGUCUGCGACUCGUGCCGGGGGUCACGAAAGUCGACGAUCGGAGGUACAUCUUGCGACCGGAGGCGAUCGAGAGCAUUUUCGUCUUGUACCGCGUCACGGGAGACACGAAGCUCAUGGAUCGCGCGUGGAAGAUCUUCGAGACGAUCGUCGCUGCGACGCAGACCAACAUCGCCCAUGCCGCGUUGGAUGAUUGCACGGCCGAAGAUCCGGGGAAGACGAAGGUCGACCGGAUGGAGAGCUUCUGGUUGGCGGAGACGCUCAAGUAUUUUUACUUGCUGUUCGCCGAGCCGGACCUGGUGAGUUUGGACGAGUAUGUCUUGAACACGGAGGCACAUCCGUUGAAGAGACCGUCACGAGUUUGA